CUGCACACCGGUGUUUGUUUUGGUUUGAUAGUUUCUUGUGCGAGUGAGAGGAAGGGGUAGUGUUAAGGUCCUUGCUGUGUUAACGACUGACUAUUUCGUUGUCUCGCCUGCCUUUGAGCGUGACAUUCCAAGUAAAUCAUGGAGGAUCUCCAGCUUGUACCUACUGUGCAGCGUCCGUUGAUUCGAUUGCCAACUCUGUCUAGCGUUUCUCUCCCUUCAUCUGUGACAGAAUAUUUCAGUAAUUUGUCGAAGCCUCAGAAGAUCAUAAUUGUCAGCGUUGGCACUGGCCUGACACUUGUUGCACUGGUUGCCCGCUACUUGCGCCGGCGUCGGAGGAUCCCUCGGAAGUCUGCACUGUCAAGGCAUGAUGAUUCAAGUCGUGCUCAUCGAAAAGUGAAACCCAUCACAAUACGGAGUCCUUCUGGGGAGAUUCACAGCAUAGGAGGUAAUAUAUCUCCAGGAUUCCACCGUUCUGUGCACAGACAGAGCUCUAUAUCUGCUAGCAGUGACAGGAUCAGUGUAGCAUCUGUGUUAACUACACAAGCAGGAGAUGGCAACACACUGACACCUCAACAAUAUGGAGUUAUGGGCAUGGAGGCCCUGGAGACGGCGCUAGGAUACUGGGAGGACGCCCUGGCAGCCUACACGGCGGGGGUGACGGGGGGAGUCGCCCUUACCUCCCAGGACGAGGCGGAGUUCACGGCGCUCCUCCAGAGGGUGAUCGACGACGCCUACAGCCUACAGGACCAGUGUGAACACCUCUUCCUCCACCAGCAUUCUGUGUUAUUCCGGUCCUCCAGCGUCACUCCGGUGCCUUCAGACGUCGCGGCGGAGGCUAGCGAGCGACGCACACUCACCUCGGCGUCCUCCUACGAGUCCUUCGUGUCCGCCUCAGGGGAUAUUGCCGACUUGAGGGACUUGGAGGAGUUCGAUGAGGCACAGUACCCGCUGUACAUGGCAGCUCUCAAACAGCAUGAAGACGGAGGUAUUCCUUACAGGGACGUUCGAACCGAUCGAGUAAAGUGCGGCAGCGACGUGGAGUAUAUCUGCAAGGUCCAUUGCAUUCGCCUCGCAUGCCAACUGCUUUUCGGCCAGGAGGAGACCAGGCAAUUCUUCAUCGACUCCGGCAGACAGAUUAUCGCUGGUCUUCUUGUUCGAACAGAUAAAGACCCCAAGGACGUGCUGCUGGCCUAUGACGAAAUGCUAGAAUUCCUCUCGGACUGCGACUGGGGGGCCGUGGAGGGCGAGCUGCAGGGCCGAGGGGUCAAGGCUUUGACCUUUUACGAUAUUGUGUUGGACUUUAUUCUCAUGGACGCCUUUGAUGAUCUUGAAAGCCCGCCGUCGUCCGUGACGGCGGUGGUGCAGAACAGAUGGCUGUCUAAUGGCUUUAAAGAAUCGGCGCUGUCGACCGCGGUGUGGAGCGUCCUUCGAGCCAAAAGGCGGAUGUUGAAAUACCAAGAUGGCUUCAUUGCGCACUUCUAUGACGUGUCGGAACACUUAUCUCCCGUCCUCGCCUGGGGAUUCUUGGGACCAGAUGAAAAUGUUAAAGAAUUAUGCACAUUCUUUAAGGACCAAAUCAUGGGGCUGCUGCAAGAGAUCUUCAGCUUCACCAGCGUCAGGUACACGACCGUGGAGGAGCUCGCCACGGACGUCAUGGCGGUGACCAAGGAGAGGUUUGAAAUCAUUUCUAAAAGGCUCGCGUUGUAAAGGAAGAGCAACAGUGUCAGACAUUCCUAUUUGUUGUAUUUAUAUUAUAUAUCUUUGAAUACAUAGACAAAGGGAAGAGUCGAGUCCCUAUGUAGCAAACGUUGUAUUAUCCUCUAUCCUGCGGUUGCUUUUGUGAACCACCGGUUAUGUUAUGGUUGCUGUAAUUCCUGUUACCAUUUUUAAGGGUUGAAGAUAACAAACAUGCACAAACACGUUGUCCAACUUGUCAUACCAUAAACAGGUUCAAGAAACAGAAGGUUAUAAUGGUUGUUGCUCUACAGCAAUGUAUUUGAGGGAUCCUAGGGAAUGAAGUCACAGUACUGUUUUUUUAUGGUUUUAUUCAUGCAGCUGCACAUUAAUUUGGUAUCAUGUAUCAUACUUUUAUCUUUAUGUGUUGUUUUACAAAAACGAGUUUUUAUAUAAAAAUUUAAACCUGUAGUAAAACAAAAAUUAUAAUAAUUUUGUCAUGAUGCCCAAAAAUUAUGAGCUGGAAAAGAAUAUAGAGCAGAAUGUCUUUAGUACAAAUUUCGCUCCUGGGCCAGUCAGCAUUAUUGAGGAGUAUUAGGCAAUAUUUUGUGUAGCAUGAGCAGCCUUUAUGCAGUUCUGUAUAACUAAAUCGUAUUCCAUAUGGAGUGAAAGAUGUCGGAAGUUCAGAUUUUUGCAUGUCAAAAUCAUUGCCUGAUUAAUGACUGGAUUUUGAUGUGUAAUUGAUUUCAGAUAACACAUGGUCCAUACAUUUCCUGAAGAAUGAAAAGAGUCUGAGAUAUGUGCUACUUGGGGGAAAAUGUUUUUGCAAUAAUUAAUGCACAAUAUUGGUAUUAGUAUUAUUUUUAUGGAUAUGCAGAUCUUAAUGGUGAAUGGUUGUCAGUAAGGGUAAGAUGUCCUUAAUAUUAAGAUCAUAUCAUGAUAUGAGGAUAUAUAUACACUUGCAUAUUUUUAUCAGACGUACAUACUAUAUACUUUCCAUGAUACUCUAGAUUUACAGGUAAUUCAUUAAUGUACAUAUCAAGAGACAAAGAAAACUAAUCAUCUUUUUAUCAUAAAUGUCAAGGAAGUGGUUGUUCGGAAGCAGUUUAAUAAGUGGGUAAUAAUUCUGUCUAUUGUUUCUAAUACAUACUGUGUCCUAAAUCAGUGGGUUAAGUGAUGUCCUGGAAGCCUGUUGUCUUACUGUGGAAAAUGUAGAUGGCUUUUGAGACCUUCACCCACUGUAUUGCUUAUGAUAACCUCUUACUUAUUAGACAAGCAGCAGUAUGGAAGAUUAAAAAGACUGCAGUUAUCCAAGUGGAUAUGUAUAUGUGUGUGUGUGCAUAGGUGUAUGUGUCUGUUUGUGUCGGUGUGUUUACAUACAUGUAUUUAUGUUUAUAACAACUUACAUGUAGAUAAGAUUAUCCCCAGAAGGAUCAAGGCUCAAGGCAACUUGAGUCACUACACGCACCAAGAAAAUACUGAUACAUAUACUAUAUAUUAUAUAAAAUAGGAAAUCAAAAAUAAAGUAUUUAUUAUAUUUUAAUUGUUUAUAUAGGUAUUGAUGUGCACAUUGGGUUUAGGAGACAGUUUUGAAGUGAGAGGACCCAUGUUAUCAUACCCCCUAAAUUGAAUAAUUCAGUGUAAAACAAUUGUAGUCCUUAUUUUGAUUAGGCUGUCAUUGCACAUAUCCACUUUGAAGAUGGAGUGAUAAAGGAACAGUAUUACUUGCUCUAUCAGGCUAAUGUAGUUCUAGGUAUUGGUGAAAUGUUAUUAAAAAUAUUUGUAGUAGCACAAAGUCAAUACACAUUGCUCCUUUUCUUUGAGAAGGAAGUGAUAGCAAUUGAAUACUUCAUUUUAUGAUAAUAUAAAUCUCAGAUUACAGGGAAAUGUAUAUAUAUUUUUUUUUCUGGGGAAGGCCCCCAUUGCCUCCUGCUAUAAUAGUUCCCUCCUGACCUAAAAUUUUGGCUUGCCUGACUCCCCUGUCUGUUCAUGAGUCCAAAUAUCUUACAGUCCCAGCUUUUUUAGGACCCCCUACUUGCAACACAGCACAGAAAUAAGAAAUUCACAAACAGCAAAACGAAAAUCAAUAUUUUGAAAUAAAACUUUUUCAAUAGGGAGAUCAUAUCUUGAGCUAUUUAUAUCCUUCAUUAAACUGACUGGGCAUUGUGAACAAUAAUGAACAAAAGUAAGUAAUUAAAUGCAUGUAUAGUGUCAGUUAGAAAUUGAAAACAUUAUACACCUACAUGUGAAUCGACUCUUACCUAAGACAAAUUAUCUGUAAGCAGUCUCCAUAAAAGUAUAUGAUUAUUUUGGUAGACUAAUGUUAAUGUCAGUCAUAUAAAUACUCAUUUGGUGCUUUUUUCUCUCAUUUCUUUUCUUUCUUCUUCUCUUCUUAACUCCCCCCAUCCUUCCUUCUUCUUCAAAAGUGGAGGCAUCAUUUCAGGAUCAUUGUGAAACUAACAGGACCUAUCCCUCACCCCCAGAAUUAACCAGUGGUAGAAAAUAAUUAUACAAAUGAAACAUGAUUGUAGUAAGGAUAAGUCUGUUAAGAAGCAGAUUUAAAUACAUUAUAAUAGAAACAGUAGACAUACAAUAUAUAUGUAUGUGUCUGUGUCCGUGUGUGUACAUACGUACGUAUGUGUGCCUGUGUGUGCGUGUGCGUGUACGUGUGCAUGUGCAUGUGCAUGCGUGUGUGUGUGUGUGUGUGUGUGUGUGUGUGUGUGUGUGUGUGUGUGUGUGUGUGUGUGUGUGUGUGUGUGUGUGUGUGUGUGUGUGUGUGUGUGUGUGUGUGCACAUGCACAUGUGAGCCCUAUGCAUGGGUAUUCAACAUAGAGGCUAGACUUAGAUAUGCAUAUGUGCAGUAGAACUAGGAGAGAUAGUUAUGCAUUUUCUAAUAUUUAGCUAGAAAAGAUCAAUAUUUUUGUUAACAUUUAGAUUCAUGGCAAUGUAUUAUGAGACAUUAAUAAAUCAGUGCCAUUUAUGAAAGUAUAGAGUUGAUUUGAUACAAUCCAGAGGAUUUUGCUUCAGUAGUAAGAUUUGAGAGUGAUGAAGUUAAGAUUAACUAGUUAACAUAUAAUGUCUCGGCUUGCUGCCUGCCCUGGCAUCAUAUCCCAGGAUGAAAGAAUGUCUGUCAUAAAAGUAAUGCCUCUUAUUAAUAUACAUAAUAGUAACAUGAUAAUAACAUAAUGUGUUGACCGUAUUCAAAGCAGCAUAAAACCUAAAAUAUUUGUAAAUAAUGUGGCUUUGCACAUCAAAGGUAACGGAAU